UCCCCGCUGUGAUUCAGCCUUUCUUAUCCACCCCCUCCCCCUUUUGGAAAAACUCCAAUGGUAUCGCCCGCUUAGCAGGAAGCGGCGCCCGAGACGCUCCCAUCGAGGCGAGCGGAAGGGGCGCCUGGCCGCUCGGAACCUUCGCUCCCCGGGCGAGACCAUUGAGGGAGGAGAGGGGGGCGCGAUGGCGCGGACGCCGCGGCUCGUCUUGCUCUUUAGCGGGAAGAGAAAGUCGGGCAAAGACUUCGUGGCCGAGGAGCUCCAGAGCCGGCUCGGUCCAGAUGACAUGCGCCAUUCUGCAGUUAUCGGGUCCUAUAUAGAAGAGCAGUACGCAAAGGAACACGGCCUGGAUUUCGAGCGUCUCUUGGAUGCCAGUAAUUACAAAGAGAUGUACCGGGAAGAUAUGAUCCGCUGGGGCGAAGAAAAGCGCCAGAUUGAUCCUGGUUUCUUCUGCCGCAUCGUGGUGGAGGGCGUCCAGCAGCCCAUCUGGGUAAAUCCGGGCGUAGAUUUGGAGAAUGGGCCUCCCCCCUGUUCUGCAGGGAUCGAUGAUGCCGAGUCUGAAUGCGGCCUGGACCAAGGCGUGGCCUUUGAUUGGGUCGUAACCAACGACGGGGACCAGCUUUCCUUGGAGGCCCAGCUGGAGAAGCUGCUCCAGUUUAUCCACGGGGCCCUCCACCCACCUCCAGACAUUUAGCGCGUCCCCUUCCCACCCACCCCCAUCCUUUGGGUACCAGACUGCAACUUGGCUAUAUCACCAAAGAGAGAAAUGGAACCUGGAGUGUGGCGGGAACACAGACAGUGGGAUCCGCUCCAGGCCUGGGGGGAAUCCACUUUCCCUGUUUUGCAAGUCCAUUCCGAGGCGUGCCGUCAUCCAGUGCUGGUUCUUCCUGCAACCCAUUCUGGACAAGAGCGUUUGCUCGGCCCUUGGAGUGGCUGAACCUUUUGCAAGGCAUGCAUUUCGAAGGAGGCGGUUUUCAGAGGCAUGGGAUGAGGAUUUGGGGGAAUCAUUAUUUAGCUUCUGUGGCCCCUUCCGCACAUGCUGAAUAAUCCACUUUCAAUCCACUUUUGCAAUCGUUUGCAAGUGGAUUUUGCUAUUUCGCACAGUACAAUCCAGCUUCAAUGUGCAUUGAAAGUGGAUUGAACGUGUCUUAUUCCGCAUAUGCCGAAGGGGUCCAUGUUAUUCCUGCUUCUCUGGUCAUGGUUUGAAAAAAAUGCCGUUUUUGGGCACCAGGGGGCAGGAUCCACCCAGUUGAAGGUUUUUGCCGUUCCCUCUCCAAAUUGUAAUUCUGUCUCCGCUAGCUGCAAAACUUCACGUUCCGGCAGCACCGAUUUCGUGGGAUAGUCCUGCCAGAGAGGUGGGAAAUGCGUGCUGUUUGGGGGCGGGGGGCGGGCGGGGGGGGGAGAUCGUCUUGGUUCUUCUCUUCCCUCUCUGUCCCUUCCAGAUUUAAGCUCUUUUCUUUUCCUAAAUCAGAGCAGGAACGUUCAACUGCAACUUGCGUUCUUUUUUUAAUCCCCGCCCACUCUUUUCUCCGGGUGGGGAAAAAAAGAUUGCCGUGCCUUAUUGUGGAGACCUGCUCGUUCGCCAGCCUGCCCUCCUCUGCUCUUUGCUUAGCUUCCCGUAAGCCCUCGCCAAAUCCUUCUUCCCAGCUGGAGUUUGCCAGCGCGCCCCCCCCCCCCAAACAGCUGUGCGACAAAGAGGUGUUCAACAGCCGCCAAGAACAUGGCUUGUAAGUUUCAAUGCUGCUGCACCUGUCGGGCGUCUUCCUGACCAAGGAGCUCUGAAAAGGCACUCGGGCGAUGCCGUUGGUGAUUUGCGAAGGGCGCAGCAGUACCAACUGAGGAGGAAAGGUUAGAUUUGUGACCUCCAGAAGCGAUGCCAAGCGUUUUGGGAUCAGGCUUGUGUGGAGCGAAGCGAAAAAGGCUGAAGAUGGAACAGAGGUGAGUAGGAGAGACCUGUCGCAUUAGAUGAUACAUUUAGGAGCAAGCCAAUGAUUACGCCGCCCACGACCGCAUAACUUCUUGCCAGCACCUCCUGACACUGACUUGAAUGCUCGUUUCGAGAGGUUGUUCAGCUGACAAUAAAUCUUUGGUUUGGUUA